AUGAAGUGCCUCCUGCUUGCCUUAGGCCUGGCCCUUGUGUGUGGCACCCAGGCCACCAGCAUCCCCCAGACCAUGGAGGACCUGGACCUCCAGAAGGUGGCAGGGACGUGGCACUCUGUGGCCAUGGCGGCCAGUGACCUACCCCUCCCGGACUCCGAGAGUGCCCCUCUGAGAGUGUACAUCCAGGAGCUGAAGCCCACCCCCGAGGACAACCUGGAGAUCAUCCUGCGAGAAGGGGAGAGCAAAGGGUGUGCUGAGAGGAAGAUCUUCGCGGAAAAGACGAAGAGCCCUGCUGAGUUCAAGAUCAACUACCUGGACGAGAACAAGCUCUUCGUGCUCGACACCGACUAUGAAAACUACCUGCUCCUCUGCAUGCAGGACGACGCCGCUGCCCCCGCGCAGAGCCUGGCCUGCCAGUACCUGGCUAGGACCCUGAAGGUCGAUGAGGAGGUCAUGGAGAAAUUCGACAGAGCCCUCAAGCCUCUGCCUGGGAACUUCCAGAUCAUCCCGGACCAGACCCAGAUGGAAGCCCACGGGAUCCAGCUCAGCCUCCCACUGCUCGCUGCUGGCCCCGGAGCCACCUCCACCGCAGCUCUCUGCCAGGCCCCUGCUUGCACUUCCAUGGACGUGGUCAACGACGAUUUCUGGGAACAAGAGUUUGCGGCUUUCCCGUGUGAUUCUGGGCAUUUCCACAUGUCCCAAGAACCUUGA